AUGAGCAACGAGCGCAACGACGAGAUCAAGGACGACGUGAACGUGUGUAUCAGGCUCCCUCCUCCCACAGUUCCCACAGCAAGCCCCCACCUGGCGGGCAGCGGCGCCGGCGGCGGUGACGGCUGGACCACCGCGAUGCUCGAGAAGGCUGAGGAGGGCGCCGCAUCGCCUGCCCAGCGCUCGGGUUCGGCGGCCAAGAAGAUUGUCAUUCCGGCCAUUGUCAUCAUCCCCAUCUGGAUGGCCUGCUCGAUUUCCGUCAUUCUCUACAACAAAUAUGUCUUUGCCAACCUCAACUUCCCCUUCCCCGUCUUCCUCACCACCUUCCAUCUCGCGUUCUCGGCCGUCGCCACCCGUGUGCUCCAGCGCACCACGACCCUCGUCGACGGCGCCAAGGACAUUGAGAUGACCCGCGAGCGCUGGGUCCGCACCAUCCUCCCCAUCGGUGCUCUCUUCUCGGGCUCGCUCAUCCUUUCCAACUACGCCUACCUCAGCCUCUCGGUCUCGUUCAUCCAGAUGCUCAAGGCCUUCAACCCCGUCGCCAUUCUCCUCAUCUCGUUUGCCUUCAAGCUCCAGGAGCCCUCGGGCCGUCUCCUGGCCAUCGUCUGCAUGAUCUCCGUCGGCUGUGCUCUUGCUGCCUACGGUGAGCUCCACUUUGAGCUCAUGGGCUUCAUCUGCCAGUGCGCCGCUGUCGUCUUUGAGGCGUCGCGUCUUGUCAUGAUCCAGAUCCUCCUCCACGGCAUGAAGAUGGACCCCAUCGUGUCGCUCCACUACUACGCCCCCGUCUGCGCUGUCAUCAACGCCAUCAUCAUGCCCUUCAUCGAGGGCUUUGAGCCCUUCUACGCGCUCCACCGCGUCGGCAUCCUUGUCCUCCUCACCAACGCCGGUAUGGCGUUUGCCCUGAACGUCGCUGCCGUCUUCCUCAUCAGCGUCGGCUCGGGUCUCAUCCUCACCCUCGCUGGUGUCCUCAAGGACAUUCUCCUUAUUUCCGGCUCGGUCAUUGCCUUUGGCUCGCAGAUCACCGCCCUCCAGGUCUUUGGCUACUCGAUCUCGCUUGCCGGUCUCGUCACGUUCAAGACUACCGGCGGCAAGUAA